CCGAGCGGAGGAGAGGGGGCGCGGGAGGCUGGGCGCACGGGGCUGGCCGGCAGCGCCCCUCGCCCCCUCCCGGCCCCUGUCCCUGCCUUCAGGACUGCUUCGGACCGGACAGGGAAGGAUAGCUGGGGCCCAAGCAUAGUCGGAUUUGGGGCAUCGCGAAACCAGCCGAGGUUCCAUUUAGGUGUGACGUGCCUUAAUGUUCCAACAGAAAUUAUAAGCAGCUGUCCUUGGAUGUGACAGUGCCUCUCUUUCCACCUCUCCCUAAGCCUCCAAGGUGGGGAAAGAAUUUCUGAAUUCCCUAUGGGGCUGACAGCAGAGCUGCACCUCCCCUGCCCUCCUCCAUCACCCACUGAGAUUAUGGUGGCUGUGGGCUAUGGUCCAGACCUGGGACCCACCUCGCUGACCCAGCCCUGCAGCCACUAGCUGGAGCUAGGUGCCCCCAGACCACGCUGCCUUUCGGGGGGCCAGGAGCUGGGGAGUGACUAUGCGGCUUGGACUGUUGGUGGUGGCCCUCAUUCUGAGCUGGAUGCAUCUUGCUGGCAGUAACCGAGGACUGAAGGGGAAAAGGCAGAGGCGGAGACAAAAGAGACGGAAGGACGGACAGGGACGGCGGGAGAAUGCCAAUGGGAACCUGAGCAGGAAAGAAAGCAAAGAGGCCCGCCUGGGCUCCCCUCGAAGACGGAAGGGACAGCAGCCACCGCCGCCGCAGCACAGAGGGACGGAAGGUCCCCUCCCAGCUGCCGGGCCUGCCUAGGGAUGCUCUAGGACUCUAGAAACAGAAAGGCAACGCUGCUACGUAUAGGAGAGCUUAACGGGCCUGGAGGACUGCCGCAACACAUAUUCACACACAGGUACACACACGAGGCGUGUCCAUGGAUACAGAAAACACAGACCUCCCAACACAUCCACUUACACCCACGGAACUCACAGACGUGCAUUCACACCCCCCUGCUCAGACAGACACACAUAAAAAAGGAAGACCGGACCUUCUGCCUUAGAAUCCGUACUGUGUAUUGGUUCCGAGGCAGAAGAGUGGGAAGGGAUAAGCA